AUGUCUGCUCGUCGCAGUCAAUCUGAUUCCUUCCUAUCAGUCCUAGAAACUAUAAGUCUCCGCUAUGCUUCUUCGGGCGUUACUCUGAGAGGCCUCAUCCGAUUCGUUCGUAACUGUCCAGUAUUGAAGCACUUCGAUCUCGCUGGCUGUGAGUGCUUGCGACCAGCUGCUGCUAUCUCGAGAUUGCUGGUAGAACCCAACGUACAAAAGCUCCUCGAGCUGAUGCUGACUCUGGUUCCCGAACUGCCGGAUAUGAAGAGCAUGGAAAAGCUUCUUCCCCUUGGUCGUAUCGUAUGGCUACCGAUGACUCCUGAGAAGGAGGAGCCUUUCCAGCUGAUUUGCCCUUUGAGCCGAGAUGUUAAGAGAAAGGGAAAGCCCAAAAGGGGCAAGGCGGCUGGGAAGAAGAAAGGAAAGAAGAGGAAGUGA